UAAACCCGAACCCUAUACUCUAAAUCCAAACCCUAUACCUUAAAACCUAAACCCUAGAUCCAAACACUAUACCCUAAACCCAAACUCUAAACCCUAAACUAUAAACCCUAGAUCUUAAAUCCUAAACCCAAACAUUAGACCCUAAAUUUAACCUUAAACCCUAAACCCAAUUCUAUACCCUAAAUCAUGAACUUAAAUUGUAGAUUCUAAAUCCAAACCUUAAAUUCUAAAAGAACAAUAUCAACAUUAAUCUAAAUAUUUUAGUUUUGGAUUUGGGUAUAGGAUUUACAAUUUAGAUUUAGGGUCUAGGAUUUGAGUUUAGGAUAUAGGGUUUGGAUUUAUGGUUUAUGGUUUAAAUUUAGGAUUUAAGGUUUGGGUUUAGGAUUUAAGGUCUAGGGUUUAGGGUUUAGAAUUUAGGAUCUAGAGUUUGAAUUUCGGGUAUAUAGUUUGGGUUUAGGGUUUAGGGUUUAGGUUUUAAGGUAUAGGGUUUGGAUUUAGAGUAUAGGGUUUGGGUUUAGGUUCGGGUUUUAGGGUAUAGUAUUUGGGUUUAGGGUUUAGGUUUUAACGUACAGGGUUUAUAUUUAGGGUAUAGGAUUUGGGUUUAGGGUUUAGGUUUGUGUUUAAGGGUAUAGAGUUUGGGUUUAAGGUUUAGAGUUUAGGGUUUAAGGUUACGGUUUGGAUUUAGGGUAUAGGGUUUGGGUUUAGGGUUUAGGUUUGGGUUUUAGGGUAUAGAGUUUAGGUUUAGUGUUUAGAGUUUCGGGUUUAAGGUUACGGUUUGGAUUUAGGGUUUAGUUGGCGUUUUUAACGUCGUUAAAAUUGGCGUUAUUAUUAUUAUUUUUAACUAUUUUGAUUUUUAAAAAAUUAUUUAAUUGUUUUUAUCCAUUAAUCUAUGUGGCAUUAUGAUUGGUUCUUAGAGGUGAGGUGAAUUUGAAACCUAAGUUUUGUUCUUAUUAAAUAGAUGUUUCUAUUUCAAUAAUUUUCAAACCAGUUAUGUUUUCACUCUGUUUUAAAAUAACAAACGUCAUCAUCUGCAUAUGUAUAAAAUGAAACAAAAAGUAAAGCAAAUAAAUACUAGUAAAUAAUAUGCGAGAUAAUGCGUAUAGAGUAAGAAGUGUUCAGGGUCUCAAUCAUUUUCACAAAGCUAAAAUUUGAGCCGGCUCAGGUUCCUCGGGGAAAAAAACUUAGUUUUUUUUAAAGAAAGAGACUCAAUCAAAUGUUUGAUUUAAAAAAUAGAAACAACAAUUUGUUUUAUUUAAAAGAACAAUAAAAGAGAGGAGGUACGUUCUCAAAAAAAAAAACAAAGAGAGGGGAUAAUAGUAAAUGCUAAUUAGAAAACCUGCUGGUUAGUCUCACACACGGAGUCAGCAUUUACUCCGCCAUCGAUUUACUGUUCGACACGUGCCACUUAUACUCUUCUCAUCUGCCUUUGACCGGCGAACAUCAGUCAAAAGCCCCGCGCUCUUGUAUUUAUUAACCGAUGACUAAAUUAAAUUUUUAUUUAUAAACAUUUUUUCAAAUUAAAACUACUUAAAUGUUGCAUACGUUAAUACAGUUUAAUACUAAUAAUAUAAAAUUUGUUUAGUGGACACAUAUACAUUAGGCAUCUUAUUAUAUUCUCCUUACAUGUACAUUGCUUAUCCUAUAAUGAUAAAACUACUAUUUAUGUACAUGCGGCAAUAAUAUACGUACGCAUUAGCAUAUAGUACUCUAUGAUAUGGAUUACGCAUGCGUGCGUGCACAUAUACACAUCUACAUACAUAUAUAAUUAUGUUUGUGUAUGUGAAUGUGAAUAUAAAUAUAAAGGCAUCGCCAGCUUCAAGUUUGUCUCUUUAUUAUUAGUCUCCCUCUCUAACUUUACCUUUUCUUCUUUCUUCCCCUUGAAGAACCCUAGAUCAAUUUAUUAAUGGCUAUUUUACCAGAAAACUCUUCAAACUUGGAUCUUACUAUCUCCGUUCCAGGCUUUUCUUCCUCUCCUCCUUCCGUUUCAGAUGAAGGAAGUGGCGGAGGAAGGGAGCAGCUAAAGCUAGACAUGAAUCGAUUGCCGUGGUCUGAAGACGAUGAAGAACUCUGCCACGGUGGCUCUGCUCCUCCGCGAAAGAAACUCCGUCUAACAAGAGAACAGUCUCGUCUUCUUGAAGAUAGUUUCAGACAGAAUCAUACCCUUAAUCCCAAACAAAAGGAAGCACUUGCAAAGCAUUUGAUGCUACGGCCAAGACAAAUUGAAGUUUGGUUCCAAAACCGUAGAGCAAGGAGCAAAUUAAAGCAAACUGAGAUGGAAUGCGAGUAUCUUAAAAGGUGGUUUGGUUCUUUAACCGAGCAAAACCACAGGCUCCACAGAGAAGUAGAAGAGCUUAGAGCCAUGAAGGUGGCCCCAUCCACGGUGACCUCCACCUCGAGCCUCACUAUGUGUCCUCGCUGCGAGCGAGUAACCACUGCAGCGAGUCCCUCCAUGGCGGCUUCGGCCAAGAAAGCGCUUCCGCUGAAAGAGCGUGAACAUUGAUUUACAUAUUUAUUGCUUAUGGUUUAGAAGUUAAUUAACGAGGGUCUGCCAAGGACACAAAUUAUCACAUGAUUGCGUGUAAUUAUUUCUUAUGGAUUCUAUUCUAUAUAUGCGCGCACAACAAAUCCUUGUAAAUAUUUUAUUUUUAAUCAAAAAUCUAAUUUCCUUAA